UUGGUCCUGAAUUCUAAUUCCAACUCAUAUCCAAUUUAUAGGUUCUGAGAUCGGUUGAGUUUAUUAUCAAAAAUGAUCGAAAUUACCUGUAAUGAUAGGCUUGGCAAAAAGGUUCGGGUAAAAUGCAACCCAGAUGAUACGAUAGGAGAUCUGAAAAAACUAAUAGCAGCGCAAACAGGGACAAGAUGGGAUAAAAUCGUUUUAAAGAAAUGGUACACCGUUUUCAAAGACCACAUCCAACUCCAAGAUUAUGAAAUUCAUGAUGGUAUGAACAUAGAACUGUACUACCAAUGAGUAAUCUUACAAUAUCCCGCAAGGAAAAAUAUUGAUGUACUUUUAAACUAUAUUAUCAUUAUUUAAGAUAAUUUUAAAUAAAUACUUUUGGAAUAG